UCCCUCAGAAGGUGUAUCGUCUAAACACUGACACACCAGAGGAGGCCCAGCAGGAUGUGUCCUUUGGAGAGUCAGAUCGCUGGUGGGAACAGACAGAUCUUACCAAACUGCUGCUUUCAUCCAAUCAGCUUACACAGCUGUCUGAUGACAUCAGACUACUGCCUGGACUCACUACAUUGGAUCUCCAUGACAACCAGUUGAGCAGUUUGCCCAGUGCUUUGGGAGAACUGCAGGAGCUCCAGCAACUUCGACUCAGUCAUAACCAGCUGAGAUCACUGCCAGUGGAGGUGUGUACUCUAAAAAACCUCUGCAGCCUCACACUCAAGCAAAACCUGCUGGAGAGCCUGCCAGAGGAACUAGGACAACUGGAGAACCUGACUGAGCUGGACCUGUCCAACAACCAUCUGAACGACCUUCCCUCCAGUCUAGGCCGUCUUAUCUGUCUGCAGAAACUCAACCUGUGUUACAACAAGCUGAGCUGUCUGCCUGACAGCCUGGCCCAGCUCACAAAUGUUAAGCUGUUGGACUGCAGCAAUAACCAGCUGACUGACAUUCCUGCCAGCCUAUCAGAGAUGCUCGCUAUGGAGCAGCUCUACCUCAGGCACAACAAGCUCUGCCUCCUCCCAAAGCUCCCUGCGCCCGUGCUGAAGGAAUUGUACGUUGGGAACAACCAGAUUGAGCAGUUGGAUCCGGAACAGCUGGCCUGCCUGACAGCCAUCUCUCUUCUAGAACUACGAGACAACAAGAUCAAAACCCUUCCUGAAGAGAUCACCUUACUGAGCACACUCACACGCCUUGACCUUACCAACAAUGACAUUACCACUCUUCCAGCUUCUCUCAGCCUGCUGCCCAAUCUGAAGGUGUUACUGUUGGAGGGAAACCCUUUACGAGGAAUCAGGAGAGACCUGCUCACUAAAGGAACCAAUGAGCUUCUGAAAUAUUUAAGAGGACGAAUUAAAGAGGAGCCUGACGGAGCAGAUGAAGGACCUACAGCCCUGACGUUACCCAGCCAGGCCACUAUCAAUGUACAUCACAUUAAAACACUGAAGUUUUUGGUGUACAGUGAGAAGCAGGCAUUGAAUAUUCCAGAUGAGCUGUUUGAUGCUGCAGCAGAUCAACUCAUUACCACAGUUAACUUCAGCAAGAACCAGCUGACCGCCAUACCUCCCAG